UCUCAACCCCACCUCAGCCCUCAUUCGAUUACCUUCUUUAAUCAGCACAACAACACCACCAUCCACACAUUGAUCUAUGACUAUGUCCCCAUAGCUAAAUCAAAUCCUACCAUCAUAACAAUACCAAAAUGACAGACCGUCCCACCGUCCUCCUAAUCGGCACCUGCGACACCAAAUGGGCCGAACUGCAACACACGCGCCAGCAACUGCUCGCAACCCCGACCACCCCCCGCCCAACCGUCUUGCUGCUCGACAUCGGGCGCGAGCCCUCUCACCACGAAGAAAUCAGCAUCCCCCACCCCUCCCUCCCCUGCCAGUUCGACAUCAAGAACAAUGACCCCGAACCUGAACCCAAAGACUACGCCUCCCUCCCGCGCCAACUCUACCUCGAAGCCGCCACCGCGCGCACCCAGCGCACCAUCGCCUACCUACGCACCCGCAACCAGCUGCACGGCAUCCUGGCCCUGGGGGGCAGCUGCGGCACGACCGUCGCGACAGCCGCCAUGCGCGCCGCGUGCCCCAUCGGGUUCCCGAAGGUGAUGGUCUCGACGAUGGCGAGCGGGGACAUAGGCCCCUACGUCGAGGAAACCGACCUGACCAUGAUGUACAGCGUAGUCGACAUCGCGGGGACCAACGCCAUCCUCACCAAGAUCCUGGACAAUGCGGCCGCGGCCGCGGCCGCGAUGGCCGCCGUGCAGUUCCGGCGCGACCAGCAGGACCAGCAGCUCCUGGACCGGUGCCAUCCCCAGGGCCACAUUACCGCCCAAGAACCCCGGCAAAGGGUUACCGCCGCCGACAGAUCCCGGUGGCCCGUCAAACCCACCCCCAAACGAAUCGGAAUCACCAUGUUCGGCGUGACCACCCCCUGCGUCACCGAGAUCCAGACUCUCCUGGCUGCGUCGCCUACGGCCACGGAGGUGUUCAUCUUCCACGCUACCGGGUCCGGCGGGAAGGCCAUGGAGCGGCUGAUCCGCGAGGGCGAGCUGGACGCCGUGAUCGACGUGACCACCUCCGAGGUGGUCGAUGAGCUGGUCGGCGGCGUGCUCUCUGCUGGUCCAGAUCGACUCGAUGCUGCCGCCGCCGCGGGCAUCCCGCAGGUGGUCAGUGUGGGGGCUUGCGAUAUGGUCAACUAUGGGCCGCCGGGGACGGUGCCGGAGCGGUUCAAGGGACGGCGGAUUUGGGAGCAUAAUUCUACUGUCACGUUGGUGAGAACAUCCCCUGAAGAGAAUCAGAGGGUUGGGGAGUUUCUGGUGGGGAAGUUGAAGAAGGCAAAGGCGCCGGAGCAGGUGGUGGUCGUGCUGCCGACAAGGGGGUUGAGUAUGUUGGAUGUCCAGGGCGGCGUGUAUUGGGAUCCCGAGGCGGAUGAGGUGCUGUUUCGCACGGUGGAGGAGGGGUUGCGGGGGUCCGGGGUGGAGGUGGUGAGGAGGGCGGAGGACGUGAAUGCCCCGGCGUUUGCGAGGGGGUUGCUGGAGGUGUUGGGGAGGGUGAUGGGGUGUCGGUUGGUUUGAUGUUGCCGUUGGGAGGGGGUAUGGGGGAUUAUUGGUUCGUAUGCAAGAAGCAGGUCAGGAGCGUGUUGGUGGUGUGGUUUGCUGGAGGUGCAAGAAUGAUACUACUGUUGAUAUGUGCGUGUGCAUGGAAGUAUGGUGUCUAUGGUAAAUAACAUAAUGAAAGAAGAGACUGGCUUAUUCUUGCUAGAAGUAUGCUAGUAUCUGCUCUCUCC